UUGCCCGGCCCCCCCACCACUCCAUCGCAGCUCCUCAGCGGCGCUGUGUGCACUCCUCCUCGGACUCGCUCACACGCUCGCCCCCCAAGGCCUCGGUGGAGCACCGCACGGACCUAAAAAUCUUCCGUUUCCUCAUCCUUUUUGGUUUAAACUAAGUCGGAGGGAUAGAAAAGAACAAGAAGCCCACCUGUGCUCAUUAUGGCGACAGCGGCGGUGUCAGCCACGGCCGGUGGCCCCAGCCCCGGCCCGGGGACCGAGCUGGUGCGCGGGCAGGCGUUCGACGUCGGUCCUCGGUACAGCAAUCUGUCUUACAUCGGCGAAGGAGCCUACGGCAUGGUGUGCUCGGCGUACGACCGUGACAACAAACUUCGCGUGGCCAUCAAGAAGAUCAGCCCCUUCGAGCAUCAGACGUACUGCCAGCGCACGCUGCGCGAGAUCAAGAUCCUGCUGCGCUUCAAGCACGAGAAUAUCAUCGGAAUCAACGACAUCAUACGCACGCCCACCAUCGACCAGAUGAAAGAUGUCUACAUCGUGCAGGACCUGAUGGAGACGGACCUGUACAAGCUACUGAAGACGCAGCACCUGAGCAACGAUCACAUCUGCUACUUCCUCUACCAGAUCCUGCGAGGCCUCAAGUAUAUCCACUCGGCCAACGUUCUUCACCGCGAUCUCAAGCCCUCCAACCUCCUGCUCAACACCACCUGCGAUCUCAAGAUCUGCGACUUCGGUCUGGCCCGCGUGGCCGACCCGGACCACGACCACACGGGCUUCCUGACGGAGUACGUGGCCACGCGCUGGUACCGAGCGCCCGAGAUCAUGCUCAACUCCAAGGGCUACACCAAGUCUAUCGACAUCUGGUCGGUGGGCUGCAUCUUGGCUGAGAUGUUGUCCAACCGGCCCAUCUUUCCCGGGAAGCACUACCUGGAUCAGCUCAACCACAUUCUGGGUAUCCUGGGCUCGCCCUCUCAGGAGGACCUCAACUGCAUCAUCAACAUCAAAGCCAGGAACUAUUUGCUUUCUCUGCCGCUGCGCUGCAAAGUACCCUGGAACCGUCUCUUCCCCAACGCUGAUGCCAAAGCGUUGGAUCUGCUGGACAAAAUGCUGACCUUCAACCCCCACAAGCGGAUUGAGGUAGAGGAGGCCCUGGCACACCCUUACUUGGAGCAAUACUACGACCCCACCGACGAGCCCGUGGCGGAGGCGCCGUUUAAGUUUGACAUGGAGCUGGACGACCUCCCCAAGGAGACUCUGAAGGAGCUCAUCUUUGAGGAGACAGCACGCUUCCAGCCCGGGUUCCGGUCCUAACGUUUCACGCCAGCCAGAUGAUUCCUCACCGCUGCCCCGCCCCUCCACACUGUUAUCGCUGUGUUUUUGUUUUAUUACUUCCGGUUUUGCUUCCCAAAAUUUUUGGCUGUCGCUCAUCAAGUCCACUUUGCUCAGGAAUGGCGUCAUGAAUCAAUCAGUUUGUCGUUCCGGGAUGUGGGAGACUGGGUUUUGGGGGCUCGGCUUUUGGGGAUCCAUUGCAGCUUGGGGUGAUUUUUCUUUUUUUUUUUUUUUCUCCACCCACACUUCCUUUUAAAAGGCUUAUGUUUGGAUUGUCAUCUACACAUCACGCAGCCCCCCCUCUCCCAAAAAAAGACCCAUUUAUGCAAAGAGUCGACAUUAUCAGCCAGAAAAAAAGCCAUGGUUCUGAUGGUUCUCUUACAGAAUCAUCCUUUUCUUGUACAUGAAGCUUCUGCUUAGCCUCUGUGGGUUAGCACGGAAUGGUCCUAAUGUGUUUGGAAGGGAAAAGAAAAACACACCCCAUAGUUUAUCCUUUCUAAAUAGUCCAAUAUAUGUUCAGGUUGGGAAACGGACUCUAUUUUCCUUGAGUGUGCGUACAUGCCCUGCUGAGAAGACAAGUGUGCGCCCCUUCUGCAUGACUGUUAGCAGCUGUGUAUAGAAAGAGCGUGUCGAGUGCCACGCGGGCCUUCACCAUUUCGCCUCCAACAGGGUGCUUCAGUGGCCUCAUUUUGACCCCCCCCCCCCCGUCCGCUAAUUACGGCACGAAAACUGUUGAAGCAAAGGAGAAAAAAAAGUCCAGCUCUGCUCCAUUUUUAUUUUUAUUUUUUUAAUAUACGGCACUUUAAACUGGCAGCUACACAACUAACUGUGCGAGUAUAGUUUGAGGACUGUCGCAAAUGCAGGAUAUGAACUCCAAAGGCCGUCGGUUCUGUUCAAUAUUUAAAAGUAGGGCUUCAAAUUAGCUGCUUUCUCAGGAUGAGCGCAUGAACGCAGCACCAACAUCAGUUUGCUCAAUAGUAGUUUAGUGUCCUUCGAGAAAUCAAGCAAGUUGAAUCCAAACAAAUUUGAGUCACAUUUUUGGGGGGGGCGGGUCAACACUCUCGAAAUUGAGCCCCUGAGAACUAGCUAGCCUGCAGGCGAUCCUUGUUACUAAUCUGUUUUGCACAGCAUUAGAUUUAGAUUUUUUUUCCCCACCCUUUGCAAAUUGCUAAUGCAGAACAAAGACGCGAUUUAAUUUUGUAUUUUGGUUGUCAUCUUACCCCAAACAUAAACGAGAUCAACAAAGUUUUAUCUGACAACAUACUUGGAGUAACAUGCCAGUCUGCGAGCGCUCCGUGUCGCUAAUCUCCUAACUUUUUACAAAUAGCUUCAAUCAAAUAGGUAUGGCCUAGCCAUUAAUGAAAGGAAACAGUUGACUUGAACUGGUUUUGUACUUUGUUAGCAGAGUAGAUAUAUAUAUAUUAAAAAAAGUCAACCACUCUUGUGGCAGCGGCGGCCUAUCGGUGUGGUUUUUUUUGGGGGGGGGGGUGCGUUCAAAGGCACCGGGAAGCAGCAGCGUUGGAACGGUUUGUGUACUGAUUAGCGCUUGUGCUCCGUUCUUUUGUCUGUUUGUGCCUUCUUUGACAAUUCCAUGUGCAGCUUCUGAUGUGAUCAAUCAAAGAAAAAAAGUGAGCUUUGUACAUUUUGAAAAGAUUUGUUGCCACUCUGUGUGUGUGUGCGGACGUGUGCGUGUGCAGGUUUGUGUGUAUGCUUGCGCGGUUUGUGAAGAAAAACAUCUAUUUUAUUUUUUUCCUCCCUUUUUGUGCAGAUAUUUUUAUUGUCCAAUGAGUGUUUUGAUUUUAUCAGAAACUAAAUGAUCUCGUUGCCUCACCAUGUUUCGAUUGUUCGUGAAGAAAGAUAAAGAUUAAAAAAAAAAAAAGGUCCCACUAUUGUUUUAAAGGUGCGUCCGCCUCAAAUUUUCCAUUGUUUUUGUUUCUUGGGUCAGUUUUAUUUUGCUACUGUGUGAAGAAUUUCGCUUUUAUUGUUGAAGACUGUUUUUAAAAAGUGAAUUAUUCAAUGUUUUUUGGAAGCCAGGAAAAAGAAAAACACACAAAGAAAAUUAAACACUAUUGAAGAGACUGUACCACACAACAAUCAACAUGUACACUGUUGCCAAACAGUUUUCUUUGGAGCAAACAAAUCUUGGUGUAUUUAAUUAGAAAAUUAUCAAUAAAAACAUGUUUACCCCGA